GCGAGCGCGGCGGCCGCGGACGCGGCGCCGCCAGCCGAGAACGACGCUGCGCCGCAGGAAAGAGCCCGCCCCUCCAGCCCCGGAGCCCGCGGAGGCGCCGUCCGCGGAGGCGCCGCCCGCGGCGGCCGACGCCGAGGAUCGGGGGGCCGAGGAGGGCGCGACCGUGCUCCUGGUCGCCAAGCUGACGCUCCAGGACGGCAGCGUGGCCGUGUGCCGGGUCCGCGCUGCCGACCGGAUCAAGACGGUGGCGAAGAAUUUUGUCAGGGAGCACGCGCUGGACGCGACGGUCGAG